CGCAGGCAGCUAUCGCGCGCGCGAGAGAGCAAGGAGCCCGGCGACCGGCGAAGAUGUGGAGCUCCGACUCCGACCGCGACGACUCCGCAUCGACCACCACGACGGCGGCCUCCUCGGUAUCCCCCUCCUCCUCCCUGCUGCAGCCGCAGACGCCGCCGCCCCCACGCCGCCGACGCAGCCGCAACCUCCGCCGACGCAGCCGCCGGAGCAAGAACGGCCCGGAGGGGGAGGACUCGGAGGCCGAGGCCCCGGCGGACGCGGAGGGGGCGUGGUGCGGCGCGCAGUGGGAGGCGGCGUGGCCGCGGAGGGCGGCGCGGCCGGUGGUGCUCGCCGGGGAGGACGCGUCCCCGGACGGCGCCGCGGCAGGCGCCGGAGAUCUCGGCGUGGGGCGGGCCAGGAGCCUGACCGACGACGACCUGGAGGAGCUCAAGGGGUGCGUGGAUCUGGGGUUCGGCUUCAGCUACAACGAGAUCCCCGAGCUCUGCGGCACGCUCCCCGCGUUGGAGCUGUGUUACUCGAUGAGCCAGCGGUUCCUUGACGAGCACCAGUCCCCGUCCAAGGCCGACCAGGUGGCUGUGGAGCCGCCGGCGGCCGUGCCGGCUUCGCCGGUGCAGUCCAUCCCCAACUGGAAGAUUUCCUGCCCUGGGGACAGCCCAGAUGAGGUGAAGGCGAGGCUCAAGUACUGGGCGCAGGCGGUGGCGUGCACCGUCAAGCUCUGCAGCUAAUCAAUACCAUCGCCAAUCUUGCAAACGCAGGAAGAAGAAGCCAACUCAUUCUUGAUCAUUCUUGAUCCACGGACAUCUGAUAUUGCGAAUACCAUGCUCCCGAGUGGAAACCCAAAUUGAAUUCUGAUGACCAAUGUACACGAUAUGGAGCACGGCAGCCGCCGAAUUGCCUGGAAAUUACAUUGCGUCUUCACGACACAAGCACAAGGUGUACACGCAUCAUAUACUAUUAGAUCUCAACGCUGCUGAUUCAGAAUUGCGUCAUGAUGGCAGGAAAGAACACUGGACUCGAGAGAACGAAGAUGUCACCAGCCAUUUCUGACGAUGCUGCAUUCACAUACGAACCCUUGAUCAUCGGUUGUAGCCAUUCACCAUUCAUGUACACUACUCCAAUCGUAUACUGUAUUCUCAAUUCAUUGGAAAUAAUAAUAAUUGAUUGUAUCAUCA